AUGGAUUCGCGAGACUUCCCUCUAUCGUCUCAAACUAAACAACAAAUAAUAUCGAAAAUAUUUGCUAAUUCCGGAAACAUUUACGAGUUGAUUGGAACCAGCCAGAGCUACUUUUCAUACUACCAAAGAUCGAUAGAAAAGUACGAAAAUAGCCUCACUCAGUCCCACCUUCGAAUCACAGAGCUCAUAGCAAUUCUCAAAGACUCAACACAAACUCGAAAUUUGUUGCAGGAUGCUCUGCAAACACAAGUUCAACAAGAAGAAUUGGCCGAUAGUGAGGACAUUAUCGAAGAGUCGAUCAAUCUCGCGGUCCGCCUUUUGUUAAUGGUGCCCACUGGAGGAUUUGCGACAGUUGGUCGUUCUAUUACCUUGUCUGGGGAGACGAAGCUAAGCUGGAGCGACGGCACAAUCAGAGAUUUGAUCGGCAAGGAAUUUGUACCGCAAAGUAGCAUAAAAGAGCGGGUGAAGCUAGAAAGGAUAUUCAAUGCGGCAAACUUGGAGCAAAUUGGGGGGAUUGAAGUGAGAUGGACGAGUAAUUUCGCUGAUCACUUGAGGAUGAGAGACGAUGACAAAGCUGUGGAAAUAUUCCAUUAUGCGACAUUCCUCAAGCUCCAUGAGAACUGCGAUGUUCUCCCAAAAGACUUGGUGGAAGAAACGAUACGAACACUUGCACUUCUCCUCCCCGAACACGAUAGAGAGGUUGAAAAAUGGUUCCAUUCUCACGAAUUAAAAGUUGAAAAACGAGGGAGACUACCCCUGGACCCUUUGGCUCGAGAAUGUGGACAAUUGAAGGCCGAGGUACGACAGAUCGACCACUUCCAAUACUGGCAUGACCGGCUUGUCAUACUAAAGCAAGUAUUCGAUCAGGCAGAACCCAAGAACAUAAAGCAAUGGUGGCGAGAUAGAAGAAGACGUGUACAGUGGUACACGUUCUGGGUAGCAGCACUCGUGCUGACUUUAACAAUUGUUUUCGGAUUGAUUCAGUGCCUCGAAGGGGGACUUCAGGUAUGGCUGGCAUUCAAGGCUUUAAACUGA